GAGAGCUGGGAGGAGGGGGCGAUGUUUCCCAGCAGCCUUUAUUCUAAGAUGGCGGGCUCCCGCCUGCGGUAGGGGCGGAAACUACAGUUGGGGUCCAAACGGCUUGACAAACCCUUAGUCUUCUGUGUUCUGGUUGCAUUCUACCUCAGGUCAUGAACAAUGUUCUGAUGACUGAUGCAUUCCACAUGCUGUCAGGCCUGACAUUACCAAAAUGUGCAACAGAUUAUAGUCUCGUUGGGAGAAAGACUUGACUCCAAACCAGAGCAAUGGCUACAAUGGUGGCUAAGCGAGAAGGGCCUCAGUUCAUCAGCGAAGGAGCAGUCCGAGGGAAUGCAGCCAUUCUGGAUUAUUGCAGGACAUCCGUUUCUGCCUUGUCAGGAGCAACAGCAGGAAUUCUUGGCCUGACUGGUUUACAUGGCUUCAUCUUCUACUUCUUGGCUUCUGUCCUUCUCUCAGUGCUUUUGGUAUUAAAAGCUGGACGGCGGUGGAAUAAGUACUUUAAAUCCCGAAGGCCACUUUUCACUGGGGGGCUUAUCGGAGGCCUCUUCACGUAUGUCCUCUUCUGGACUUUCCUCUAUGGCAUGGUGCAUGUCUACUAAAAGAGUAAUAACCACUUUAGCUGCAAUGGGUUUUAAUGAAAUAGGAGGACUGUUGCCAAAAACUCAUCUAAACAACUAUGCCAGCUUUUUAAAUUGUUGUUCACUGCUUGUAUUGUUGAGGCGGUCAGUAACUUAUGUCUGAGUACAAAACUCUGUAGUAUUUGUCUAAUUAAAUUGGAUGUAAAAUGUC